AUGCUGGUAAUGCGCUUCAGCAAUGUCUUCUCCAACUACCUAAGAUCAUGGUUCCUGCUUGAUCUCAUCGUGGUCUGCGUCGACUGGGCCAUGACGAUACUGGCUUUAGCGGACGAGGCAAAGGGGGAUGGUGCUACCGGUGUGGCGAGGCUUUCGAAGUCCCUCCGUCUGCUUCAUUUCCUUCGCUUGACUCGCGUGGUGCGGAUGAUCAAGACGAAUGCAAUCUUGCGGCAUUUCGAGGAGAACACGCUAUCCCAGGUCACGAUGACGCAGUACAGCCUGUUCAAGAUCUUGGGCAUGAUGCUCCUGGAGCAGCAUGUUAUCGCCUGUUUGUGGUUCGGAGUUGGGUACUUGAACAUGACUGGAGCCACGUGGCUGUCUAUGUCCGGACUGCAGCAACAAGACGUCUGGUACCAGUACACUACCUGCCUUCACUGGGCGUUUGCACAGCUCGGCGUCGGAAAUGUCGAGAUCGAAGCGUACAAUGUGCCAGAAAGGGCGUUCUGCAUCUGCGUGGCUGUCCUCUCACUUAUCACCACAGCGACGCUGGUGAGUACCAUCACAUCUCUGAUGACCACCUUGGAUAAGAAGAGGAAUGACGAGAUGCAUCAGUUUCGCAAUCUACAUAGGUUUCUCCGCCACAGC